AGGUAUACCUAAGAGCACCUGGUAACGGAAGUUGACGCUUUUAAACUUAUCGAGAUUGAGAUUGCAAGGGAAGAAAAUGGCACAAAAGCUUGAGGUGAAAACCGAAACCGAUUCAUUUACCUUGAAGGGAAGAAGUUGUGAGUUAUCAGCAUUUGCAUACGUACCCACACAAAGAAAUGAACCACCCGAACGAACAGUGUUUAAUACUCCUAAUAAUAUGGAUUAUGAACAUCAAGAUCAGGAUAGAUAUCCAAAGUUGACCUAUGACCGUCUGUUUAGAAAAGAAUUUGGUUUUAAUAACAAACUCCACAGAGAUGACAGAGAACAUGCAAAGUCAAGGGGACUAGUUGUAAAUGAUGAGGAACAACCCAAGGAUGUACCAACGCUUUCAUCAACAGAAUAUGGACACAGAAUAGACAUGGCUACUGACCAUCCAGACAGAAAACAUGUUAGAAUAGCUCGUGUUAAAGCAGAAUUCUUCAGGAGAAAUGGAAUCACAUCAUGAUUUUUGAGAACAUUAGAAAUUUAUUUCAAAUUGUGCCCAGUAUAAAGCAUUUCCUGUAUUGGAAGUUAUAUUUUGAAUGACUGUUGAAUGUGCAAUCAAUGUUUUUGACACAAAUUUGAUAUAUUAUGUGACUUAGUGUGUACUUAGGGAAUGUAUGGAAUAUUGUUCUAAACUUAAUUUGUUCCUAUGAAACCUCUUAUUAUAGAAAAAAAUCAAGUGAAAAAUUUAAAAAUACCAGUCUCAUAGUAUUAUAAAAGAAUGUCUAAUCAUGAUUAUCAUGAUACUGCCAGUAUAAAAAAAACUAAAAUCUUUGUAUCCAUUCGUGAAUUUUUAUACCAGGUUUCAGCAAUGUGUUGUUGUCAAAUUUCUGUAUCUGACCAUAUACUUGUUAUUAAGGGGAGAUAAUUUAUAUUUUUAUAUCAAAAUAAAUAAAUUUUGUGUGCCUGAUUAACUGAUAAAAAAUGCACUAAUUAAAAAAAAUAUUACUAGUUUAACCAAUGGAUCGAGUCUAUAAUCAAAGGCCAGUCUGGUUAUAGAUAAAAGCAUUACUGUGAUUGGAAAUAACUGUGAUACAACUCCACUUUGUUUUAGUGAUCUUUUUAUUAUGAUAUUUACAUUCAAUUGUACUCAAAUAACCAACUGUAUUUGUUUGUUGGAUGGUUGAUGUUACAUGUAAAUGUGAGAAUAAAGGAAAAUAUUUUUGUA